ACUGCUCUUCCGAACUUCACUCCAGCGCCUGUGAGGGAACGCGAACCCAAACGCCGGCUUCACUGUGGAGAAGGUUUCGGCGCACAUCUGGGACCCCGCCGCUAUGGACGCCUCGCGAACACUCGCGCUGUGCGUGCUCUUGGUUUUCCUGUGGAGUUUACCGUGCAUCAGCCGCUCGGCCGCGAUCGUGCCUUCCUCGGGGCCGAAAAGGAACAGGGGUUCCAGGAGCCCGCAUGAUGGACAAAGGUCACCCAAAUUUCUGAAAGAGGUUUUUGCGUCCUCCUCCUCCGGUCUCAGUGGACGGAAUGAUUUGAAGAACUCGGUUGUGCCACACGAUUACAUGCUCUCCAUAUACAGGACUUACUCUGCCGCUGAGAAGCUGGGACUCAACGCGAGCUUUUUCCGCUCUUCCAAGUCUGCGAAUACCAUAACAAGUUUUGUAGACAGGGGAAAAGACGAUCUCUCGCAUUUCCCUUUGCGCAGACAGAAAUAUGUGUUUGAUGUCUCCACUCUCUCGGACAAAGAGGAGCUGGUGGGAGCAGAACUGAGGAUCCUCCGUAAACCCCCAGAGGACGCGUUGUCCCCUCAGUCGGGUCUCUACAACAUCGAGCUGCUGUCCUGCUCCUCAGCCAGCUCUCUGCGCUCCAGCAGGUCUGUGGGUCUGCGCGACGCCCGGAACCCGACCUGGGAGGUUUUGGACGUGUGGGAUAUGUUUAAAAGCAGACUGUCCACGCCUCACGGGAGUCAGCUGUGUGUGGAGCUCAAGGCCGGUGUGGGUCAGUCCGAUGCUGAAAUGGACUUCAGGUCCCUCGGUUUGGAGCGGCGCGGUCGCGCGCAGCGGGAGAAGGCCAUCCUGGUGGUCUAUGCCCGUUCCAGGAAAAGGGAGAACCUUUUCAAUGAGAUGCGGGAAAAAAUCAAGUCGGCUCGAGGCUCUCGCGGCUCCGAGCAGGACACCGGGCUGCACUUUAAAGCGCGUCGGAGACGGAGAACUGCGCUGAGCAACCGGCACGGCAAGAGACACGGCAAAAAGUCCAAGUCGAGAUGCAGCCGCAAGGCGCUACACGUGAACUUCAAGGAGCUCGGCUGGGACGACUGGAUAAUCGCGCCUCUGGACUAUGAAGCGUACCACUGUGAGGGCAUGUGCGAUUUCCCUCUCAGGUCGCACCUGGAGCCCACGAACCACGCCAUCAUCCAAACUCUCAUGAACUCCAUGGACCCGAACAGCACGCCGCCCAGCUGCUGCGUGCCCACCAAACUCAGCCCUAUCAGUAUACUGUACAUAGACUCCGGCAAUAACGUCGUUUACAAACAGUACGAGGACAUGGUUGUGGAGCAGUGCGGCUGCAGGUAGCAAUGCACAACGUGAACGUACCCACGUUUAACACACUUGAAGUAGAGGCCACCCGAACUCGAAUCCGCGUCCAGAAUAAAGUUCAAGUCCCUGCAUUUCUACAAAAAGACGUGUUUAGGCCACAUAGGGUUUCAUGGUCAUUUCUUGCCAUAACCAUAAUGCUUCUACUACAUGAACUCUCAUCACUAUGGCACCGACCACUUUUCUCUUCAAGGAACCUAUUUUUCUUGCCUAUAAUGGGUCAGAACCCUAAUUUCGUUAGAUCAUGGCAUAUUAUUAUAGCUUGCACAGUGCCUAAGCAGUUUCCCAUUAGCCACAUAUCGAAACGCGUAAAAAAAAAAGAGAGAGAGAGCUUAAAGUAGGAUUUUCUUGUCUCUCAGGCAAGUAGCCGAAGGUAACAAAAUGCCAGGUUUUGUGCAUAACCGUCUGGACAGGAUUCACUGGGGAUUUUGUUACACUAUUAUCUAUGCGGACUAAAAGGAAUGGGGUGUUGGGCACCUGUUCAAACGCAGCCAGUAAAGUGAUGUGUCUGAGCUCACUGUGUUUCACUACGGUCCGGUGCGCGGUCACGUGGUGCCUUUGCCUGCGUCCUGCUUUAGAGCACGGUCUGCGCAUGCGUUAUGUUAUGCCACAGAUUAUUAUUAUUAUUAUUAUUAUUAUUAUUAUUAUUAUUAUUAUUAUUAUUAUUAGCUCCUGCAGUGUUGACUGUAAUUUGCAAAAAAAAAAAAAACAACCAACAAAAAUUCUGAAAAGCAAUGUUACUGAGAGAGAGAGAGAGAGAGAGAGAGAGAGAGAGAGAGAGAUAUGUGUAAAAGACAAAGCUGUUCCAUGCACGAGGGACUGAUUAUGGAAGAAAAAAAAAACUUUAAACUUUAUUUUGAAGUGCCUGGACUUUUUACUGCAUGGGGUCACGGUGCCUGCUAAAAAGUCCACAAAACAAACUCCUCAUGUUGGACACAUAUGAGGGUGGACCAGCAAAAAGACUUCUCUGAGAGAGAGAGAGAGAAAGAGAGAGAGAAUAUCAGCCCUUGUAUUCCCGAAAUGCACUUGACUGUAUAGCGGACUGUCCGGAUCCUUUUCCUCACCCAGUACUGAGGGAAAAGAGACUCGAGUGAGAUUUUAUUUAAAUGCACAUUAGCUUCGAAUGCACUGUUCUUCCUUAUUUGAGCUGUAAAUAUGUGUACAGUUAAAAACUAAAAAGGCGCAAGGAGUGGAGAAAUGACCAGCCACGCUUCUUUGUAAAUGUACAUUUAAAAAAAAAUGCACUCAAAUCGUUCUAAUUUCUAUUCUAUAAUUAUUUUUUAUUAUUUGUGAUGUACAGAGUUUCAUGAUAAUCUCGUAUUUCUUACAGUGAUCCAAAUUAAUAAUUUAAAAAAAAUGUAUUCAGUACUUGCUGAGGGUGGAAAUGACCAAUAUCGUUAUAUGUCUACCUCAUUAUGGCAUAGAGUUGAAGUUUUGAGGUGCAUUCAGUUAGAGUGUAAAGGUUUUUCUUUUCCAAUUCUAUAUACAAUAUAUCAAUGGAUAAUAAUCCACACUAUUACUGUACUAA